AUGUCCAACAACGCCAUUUCCUUCACGACCCAUGACCAACGAUUCAUGGCGAUCGUUGGUUCGUCUCCAACAGCAGAGCUUCUCGCAGAAAAUAAAGACUAUCCGUUUGCUCACGAAGCCGGGGUCUUUUUUCCUGGCACCAGUAACCUCUUCGUUACCAGCAACCGGUGCAUUGGCCCAAACGGACUGCAAAAAGUACACAUUACUCGGGUCGAUCUGAGUAAAACGCCAAUUACCUGUGAGGAGAUUGCUACUGAAAUUCCUAUGGGUAAUGGAGGUAUCAAUUAUGAUAAAGACUACGUUCUCUUCUGUGCACAAGGGACUAUGACUGAGCCAAGUGGACUUUACCGGAUGUCUACAAUUGCUCCGUACAAGUCGGAACUAUUGAAGGGUGAUUUCCACGGUCGACCAUUCAACUCUGUCAAUGACGUGGUGGUACAUACGGAUGGCUCAAUCUGGUUCACCGAUCCCAUAUAUGGCUCUGAGCAGGGUUAUCGUCCUUCGCCGCGUCUACCUAACCAGGUAUACCGGUGGUGUCCCGAUACUGGGGCUAUUCGUGUGGUGGCCGAUGGUUUCGGGAGACCAAAUGGUAUAUGCUUCUCUCCGGAUGAGCAGGUUAUUUAUAUCACCGAUACGGACCGGGUACAUGGAGACGGCAGCAUCGAUGACCAACGAGUAUCCUCCAUUUAUGCUUUCGACGUGUGCACCAUUCACGGGGAGCCAUUUCUCACAGACCGGCGGCUCUUCGCCAUGGCAGACCAGGGCAUUCCAGAUGGAAUUAAGUGUGAUUUAGAAGGAAAUGUAUACAGUGGCUGCGGGGAUGGAAUCAAUGUUUGGUCCUCAGGAGGUGUGCUCUUGGGUCGAAUCCUUGUUGAUGGAGGCGUGUCGAACUUCUGCUUCGGCAGAGACGGGGAAAUCUUUGCCCUCAAUGAACAUCGAUUGUGGCGGGUCCAGUUGGAAGAAGGAGUAAAGGGGGCAUUGCUUCGAUGA